UUUUCCCUCCUCCUUUUUUUUUUUUCGCCUAUCAUUUAUUCCUUUUUUUACGAGGUCAAUCACUAUGCGGCCGUCACCACUUGAGAGAUCACGUCUAUGCGACGCAUGCACCCACGCAUGCUCAAUGUCCAUCGUCGGCUGUACACAAUAUACAUGUCAAACCCACCGAUCCCAAUUCCUAAAAAACAAUCCAAAUCCUUAUAUCAGUACUUGGGAUGCGAUGAACGAUACAUCACGCUGGGCAAAAUGGUCAAAGACAAAACGAGAUUUUCUUUCCGAAACGACUUCAUCAGGCUGCCAUCUCUGCAUAAUAAUCGCACACGCCUUUGAUGAAAAGUCAAAAGAGGUUUUUCAGAACCUGGGUAGUGAUGAGGUUGUACGGCUUUGCUUGAAAUAUCGCACUGUUGAGCGAGAUCCGAGCGGGAAGUUGGGUUGGGAUGAGAGGACGAAUAUGGCGAUUACUGAUAUUGCAUUGGGGAUUGAUGCUCCUGAUGAGUUCUGGCUAGCGAUCAGGUCGGAUAAAGGUUCGGCGUUGGAAGAGAUGUCGUUCGACCUGCGAAUGCGGCCACUUGACGAAACGGAGACGAGCCAUGUUAUCAAGACUAUACCCGGCAAACAUGCCUCGACGAUGAAUGAGCAGAACUUACAGCUUGCGAGAAAGUGGAUCAAAGGUUGCAAUCGCUCACACCCAAUUUGUAAAGAAUUCCAAUCGCGGCAGCCAAAUUGGCGUCCAACGAGACUUAUCCACAUCGGGUCAAAAACCCAACAACCUCGACUAGUCGCUCCAUCAAAACCAGUGUCUUACCUUGCGCUGAGCUACUGCUGGGGAACCGACAACACCGUAACUCUCACAGAAGCAACCCUCAAUCCAUUCCAAAACGAACUCCCUUUGUCAAGUUUACCAAGCACUAUCCGUGAUGCAAUCACCACAACAAGAGAUCUCGGCUAUGAAUAUCUAUGGGUCGAUGCACUCUGUAUUAUCCAAGACUGCAAACCCGACUGGAUCAAAGAGUCCGCUCAGAUGGGCAGCAUCUAUGGUUCAGCUGCUCUGACCCUCGCAGCAGCUGGUACAUCAACCGUACAAGACUCAAUAUUCUGCCGUCGCGAUCCCCGCGCAGUGAGACCAUGCGUCGCAAACAUAAUCCAAAGCUCGGUAUAUCACCGAGUAAGUUACCCAUGGGCUAUAUACCCGCACCAACCUGAACGUCUACUAUUCGAUACCAUCAACGAGAGUCCUUUGAGCCGUCGAGCGUGGGCGUUGCAGGAACUUUUGGUAUCACCGCGGACUUUGGUCUUUGGAUCGAAACAAAUGGUCUGGUCGUGUGCGACGACAGAAGCAAGUGAGACUUUCCCGAUUGGCUUGGAUCCAAAGUUUAGCUCUGUGGUGAGCGAGAGUGCAAGUUUGUCAUAUCUCCGCCAAAAGCUCAUGAGGGCUUCCAAGUUGGAGGAAGAACCAUCAGAGUUUUGGAACAACUUUAUUAGCAGGUACACUAAAGCUCGACUCACUUUUAGUUCUGACAUGCUGGUGGCGCUACAAGGCAUCGUCGAAAGAAUCACUGAAGCAAGGCGUGGAUCCAACAAAUGUACACCGGAGCUGGAAUAUGUCGCUGGUCUCUGGCGUGAUUCGAAUUUCCAGCAGAGUCUCUUAUGGCGUCCAAAGGAUGGAUCAUCACCUACCCGACCAGAUUACUAUCGCGCUCCAUCGUGGAGUUGGGCGUCGUUGGAUGGUGAAGUUGACUUUUUUGAGCAAUACAUACCGUGGAUCUGGAACGGGAAAAAAACGGAACUUGCGAGGAUCGUGGAUAUUUGCGUUGAGCCGCAGACUGGGUACUCGCUUUCGACGACUGGGCAGAUUAAGUCGGGGCUUAUUGAGAUGGAGUGCCAUUUGCGGGAGUGCUACCUGAUGAAGAAACCACGAUCGGAAGACUCAUCGCAUGAUCAAGGGGAUGACGCAUAUCUUGUCAUCUCCUCCGAUGAGUACAAGAGGAUGUCUUCAAGGUCUUCAACUGAGGGCGCCGCAGGGGGAGGAAACCAAGAAGCACACAAAUUCGCCAACUCCUGUACUAUCGAUCUCCCAGAAGAAAUACCCUCAGCGCGGUGGGUUCAGGUUUAUUGCGUACCUCUGCAAUUAGGUUGGUGUCAAACCGAUCGCUACGAACAGGCCGUCUGGGAAAGCUACGAAGGCUUAAUCCUUAUGCCUCAUGACGCCGAAGAGGAAGAUCUAUUGACGUCUGAAGGCUUCUGUGUUCUGUCUCAGACUUUCCGCCGUGUUGGAACAUUUACAUUUGAUCUUCAUGAUGAGAAUAGGGAAGCGCGAGAAAAUGAACUUUUGGGUCCUGUGGUGUUUGAUAGAGAGGGGAAUUGGGGAGGAAAGAGGGAGACUGUCUGUAUUAUAUAAGAAUGGCCGGCAAUAAUUACUAUGGAUGGUUGGGGUGUCUAUCUUGUUCCUCUUUGAAAACUGUUUACACAUUCCGACUUGUAAUUGAUGAGGGCUAGGUGUGGCGACCAAGGAGUAGAGUGCAUGGUUAUAGACUAUCCUGGGCGACCUUUCAAGCACAUACGACCAUACCUGCAGGAAAAUACGGGAUCCCGUCCGCUCUCC